AUGAGCAAUAAACAAAUAACACCAGUUAAAUUAGUCCUCUUAGGAGAAGCAGCAGUGGGGAAAUCUUCAUUAGUCCUUAGAUUUGUUAGUAAUGAUUUCCAAGAAAAUAAAGAACCAACUAUUGGUGCAGCAUUUUUAACUCAAAGAUGUAUAAUUGGUGAUAAGACAAUAAAAUUUGAAAUAUGGGAUACUGCAGGACAAGAAAGAUUUGCUUCUUUGGCACCAAUGUAUUAUAGAAAUGCUCAAGCUGCUUUAGUCGUGUAUGAUAUAACAAAACCUGCUAGUUUCAUAAAAGCUCGUCAUUGGAUUAAAGAAUUACAUGAACAAGCUUCAAAAGAUAUUAUUAUUGCAUUAGUAGGGAAUAAAUUAGAUGUUGUCGAAGAAGAUGAAUCAAAUAGGAAAGUUGCGUAUGAAGAAGGUGAAACUUUAGCAAAUGAAGAAGGUUUAAUUUUUUUGGAAACUAGUGCAAAAACUUCAUUUAAUGUUAAAGAAGUUUUCAUGAAUAUUGGACAAAAAAUCCCAAAUCCUGAAAAUGUUACUGCAAGUGGUGAACAGGGAAGAAAUGAUGCUAGAGUUGAUUUGAAUGUUAAUAAUGAUUCUGUUGAGAAUAAUGGUUGUAAUUGUUAA